CACUCUUUGGAAAUUGGAAUCAAAAUCGGAAAUUUGUCAAAUUUUCAGAAAAUCCGUUCUUCUUCAACAAAAACCCCCACCGCAAAACCCAUUUCCCCGGCCAUCUGAACUGCAACUCCGGUGACAUUCGCUUCGCCGGAAUCGAUUAAGAAUCGACAUUUUUCCACGACAAAAAAAGGUUUUGAUAAGAAGGCAAAGUAUUUGAAGGAGAAAAAAAGACCAUGUCUUUGAGGCAAAUGCUUGGAUUCUCCGAUGGAGAGUUGAUGCGGUCAGAUGCAAAACCGUGUACGAGAUUGAUGAGGCAAACUGCUGGCAUUUUUUCAGUGGGAGGUGGAUUAGGGUUUUGGGUUCUCUGCCGCUUGCAUUAUGGUACUAGAAUCACAGUUCCUCGAAGUCUAAGGUGGGCUGCUUGUGGGGCCGUCUCUACGAGCGCAACCACAGCGUUGUUGGUUCGUUUAUUCAGUCCCGAAUGUGAACCCCAAAACAUAGCUGCGUAUGAUCACAAGAAGUAAUUAAUUCUUGGUUAGCAUCCACAUCUUUUGGCAUGCCCUAUGAAAACUCGAGCUUUUGUUUUUGAUUGAUUUUCGAAACUAUGGAAUUAGAGAAUUCAUGAAAUCAAAUGUAAUUUGUUAAUCUGGGUUUAUAAACACAAUAAUGUCAUGUAUGGGAUUACCAGUUAAUAAUCACCGGGUGUUGCAUCA